AUGUUGAAAGAAGAAGUUGAAACAAGCACGCCGAGAAAUGGUGAUAACUCGCACACGACUAUACCGGAUUCAAAAAGUAACGACGUGGCCAAAGAGUCGCAUCAGAAGGUCGUGAUAAAAGAGAGACCAACCAGCAAGAUGUUCUCAUACGCUAGAAAAAUUAUUCAUUUUUUCCUUGCAAUUAUCUUGACCUUAGCUGCACUCCAUAGUUCUGCUCCCAAGGUAUCAAAGCCUCCAUUAGCUAAACCAUUUUUUAAUCAAAGUUCAAUUGUCUUAGAUUUUUAUAAAGGACAUUUAAGCGCUAUGAUAGAAAGAGUGACAGAAGCAGAUUUUAGUUUUGUUAUGUAUUAUGCUCCAUGGGAUGCAGAAAGCCAAGCUGUGCGUCAAGAAUUUGAAAUAGUUGCUCAAUAUUAUCAUUCACAGAUAUUUUUUGCUGCUAUUAAUUGCUGGCAUCCAAGCUCAGAAUGUAGAGCUCAGUAUAACAAAGUACAAAGCUACCCAGUACUGAUGCUUUAUCCUUCAAGGGAUUCUGGUAUAGAAUACAGAGGUAUACGUACAUGGUCAUAUAUGAUAAAAUUUCUUAAUACAGUCAUGAAUCCAAUUGUUAGGAUAACACAUAAAGAACAAUUAACAGAUUUACGUGUGAAUUAUGAUGCUGUGGUAGUAGGUUAUUUUAAUUUUACUCGGUUAGAUAAAACUCCUGGCUACAAAGAAUUUUAUAAAGCUGCCAUAAGAACAUUGGAAGGAGACUCUAAUAGAGAAUUGGCUUUUGCUGUUGUGACUAGUGCGUUAUCUAGUGGAACGGAAUAUAAUAUCUAUAAAUUUCCAUCUGCAAAUUUAUUUAUGUGGGGCAGGUCACUAAGGUAUCCAGAAGACUCUGAAUGGACUUCCGAAAACAUAUUAAAUUGGAUUAGCAAUUCUAUUCAUCAACCAGUUCUAUGGCUGCAACCUCCUGGAGUAAAAGCAUUAACAUUAGCACCAUAUUUAAAGAAAGGGCCUGUACUUUUUCUUUUCACACCUCGUAAUCCUUUGCAUCCUGAAAAUUACAAUUUCAAUUUAAUCAGAGAGAUUGGGCUCCAGUACUAUAAUUGUGAAGAUAAUGUUUUACCUAAGGAGAUAAUUCAGCGUCUCAGUUUCAAGCGUCGCAAUGCUAUUGCGAGGCAUUCGGAGCGAAAUACGUUUUGUGCAAAACUUUUGAAGGAAACCAAAAAUCAAACAAACGAUUUCACUACCAGCAUCUCGAUUCAAAAAUGGAUUAACGAUAGUUGCUGUGUCAAUGUUGUAAUGAACAAAUGUUCUUUAUGUAAAAAGAACAUAUUAAAUAAUGCAAAAAGAGAAAUGCCUGUUUGUAAACUUAAUACUAAUAAAUUUUAUCCCGUCUGUAAAGGUGCAGAUAUUUUCAAAGUUCCAGCUGUACAAAAUCCACAGCAGACAUAUGAAAUCUGUUGUAACGAAGAUCCUACUACAAUAAAAUACCAUGACAACUUUAAAUCCAGGAGAACAUCGGCGUCUUCUACAAAUGAAGAGGAUGUACGAUCUGCAGACGUAGUAAAACAAGCAUAUUUAAAAUCUGAAUGUAAAAGAUGGAUAACAGGAAACAGAUAUCAUCAACCUGUAUUUCCACGAGAUAAUCUUGAACAUCCGAAUAUAAAUUUAACAAAGUCAGUGUGUAAAAUUAACAAAACCUUGACAUUAAUAGCGAUCGAUAGUUUACAUUAUUUUUACUUCGCGGAAGGCCUGGGCAUAGACCUUUUAAGUAAGAAGGAUAAGACCGCUGUUGUGAUAUUAGAUGUUGCUCAUGAGAGUCAAUAUGUCAUGCAGGAGGAUUUUAGUCGAUAUACACUUAUACAAUUUAUAAAUAAUUAUACCCAAGGCUUUUUACAACGCACAUUACGUUCUAAUAAUUCAAGACGUUUUGUGCAAAAAUUUAAGACUAAAGUUAGUUGUAAAACAAAGGACGUAAAAAGUGUGUGCAUACCAGAAUUGACAACUGAAACUUUCUUAGAUACUAUUUUAGAUCCAACAAAGGAUGUGGUCGUAAUGUACCACUCUCCUUAUUGUGCAUUUUGUAGCGCAAUAUUUUAUGUGUACUUAACAGUAGCUCAUUAUUUACGCGAAAUGGAUCAUCUUUUAUUCGUAAAAGUAGACGGUGAUAAUAAUGAUUUACCAUGGGAAUAUAAUAUGAAUCGAUUCCCAUCUAUUCUUUUUUUUCCUGCCAAAAGAAAAGAGGAUAGCACGGUGUAUCCGUUUUCUCUGUCAGUUACAAUACCGAAUCUUGUGAAUUUUAUCUUAGCGAAUUUGGAUGGGGAUUCGCAUGUUGAAGCGCUUGUAAAUAUUUGCCAGUCUGGAGCCCGUAUAGUUCCAGAUGUGUGCAUCGCUCGAACUCGUUGGCUGUGUCUAGAUAUUAUUCAACAACUGCUUCGAGAUUAUCGAAAAUUAAUAAGACAUAUUACUCUACUGGGAAGAUUAAGUGCUAGAAAUAAAAGAAAAGUCAUUUUACUGAAGUUGGCACACAUUAAAGAUAUACACUUAAUAUUAGGUUCCACUAUCGAUCUCAGAGAAGAUCAACACAAAGUAAAGCUUAUCAGACAAAAAUAUAGGAAAUAUUAUAAAAAUAUUAGGUUACUUGAGUUAGAUAACAAAGUAAAUAGUACUCAAGUGGGAGAGUUACAUCAGGAACAAAAUGUUCUUGAAAGGACAAUGAUUAAAAGCGAAUUGUGAUAUCGAUUUACAGAUAGAUAUAUUGCAAUGAAUGUUAUUUUACUUAAGUCCUUUUAUGAAUUUGUACUAAAUGUACAGUAUAUACCUCACAAAUCAUUUUAUGUUAUGAAUGUAAAAUAUAUCCAACUGAAUUAUA